CACCACCCCCACUUUUUCCACCAACGCGGAAUGCCCACGGCUUCUUCCAUUUCUAUUCCCAACCCCAUUUUCCCUUGACCGUUCACCAACAAUUCCACCACGUCUACUUCACUCUUCCAGAUUGGACUUUCUUUCACACACCAACCAGAAGAAUCAAUCCCCUAAAGUUACUUUCAUCUCAAACUCAGAGUGAGAGAGAAAUUUGAGGAAAGAAAAGAUUUUCAGAGAGAGAUGUUGGAGUGGUGUUACAAGCCAUUUGAGACGUGUUUUGGCGGUGGAAAUGGUGGGGAUGGACUUUUGUGGCACAUGGACUUGAAGCCACAUGCCUCCGGUGAAUAUUCGAUUGCAGUGGUUCAGGCCAAUUCUUUACUUGAAGACCAGGGUCAAGUGUUUACCUCUCCCUCCGCCACCUACUUUGGUGUUUAUGACGGCCAUGGUGGACCUGAAGCCUCUCGGUUCAUCACCAACCACCUCUUUCCUUACCUCCGCAAGUUUGCUACAGAAGGAGGUGGUUUAUCCGUUGAAGUAAUAAAGAAGGCAUUUGAUGCAAUUGAAGAGGAAUUUUUGCAUUUGGUGAAACGUUCGUGGUUGGCUCAGCCUCAAAUUGCUUCAGUUGGUUCAUGUUGUCUUGUUGGGGCAAUUUCAAACGAUGUUUUGUAUGUGGCGAAUCUUGGGGACUCGAGGGCAGUGCUUGGCCGGAGAGUAUCUGAUGGUUCUAUGCGUAAUUCGUCACAGGUGGUGGCAGAACGGUUAUCUACGGAUCAUAAUGUUGGGGUUGAUGACGUGAGGAAGGAGGUUGAGGCUCUUCAUCCAGAUGACGCACACAUUGUGGUGUAUACUCACGGGGUUUGGCGAAUUAAGGGCAUAAUUCAGGUUUCCAGAUCAAUUGGAGAUGCUUACCUGAAGAAACCGGAGUUUAACAGAGAUCCUCUUUUCCGGCAGUUUGCAUCCCCUAUUCCAUUAAAAAGAGCUGUAAUGUCAGCAGAGCCCUCAAUUUUAAUUCGAGAGUUAAGUCCGCAAGACUUGUUCCUAAUAUUUGCUACAGAUGGCCUCUGGGAGCAAAUCUCUGAUGAAGCAGCCGUGGAAAUUGUCUUGAAAAAUCCCAGAGUAGGAAUAGCAAAGCGAUUGGUAAGAGCCGCCCUUCAGGAGGCUGCAAGAAAAAAAGAAAUGAGAUAUGAAGCCAUCAAAAGAAUCGAAAAAGGGGCAAGGCGCCAUUUUCAUGAUGAUAUUACUGUGAUUGUAAUAUACCUGGAUGGUAAACAAGGCUCACCAAAUCGUAGAUUCAAUAAUCAUGGCGACGAUGACUGCAUUAGCGCCCCUGUAGAUAUCUUCUCCUUAAACAUGAAUGAAGGGAACAAUACACAUCAAAUUUCUCCCUGAACAGAUCUACAAGCACAAUAGUUUUUGUUAGCUUGUAAGUAUAAUGAGUUAAUACAGACAGAUGCAUUGAGCAGAAUUGUAGAUGGGCGUUUGAAACAACAAUUAGCUGCCAUGGGUGGUGUUCAUAAUCUGGUGGAGGGAUUAUACGUCGAAGCUGAUGACUUCUCAGCUCGGGUUUUGACCUCAUUUUGAUUCCCCCUGUUCUAGGGAGUGUUUUUGUGUUCUAUUCCUUCUUGCAUAGUAUGAUUUCUGUUGUGUAACUAAAUAAUUUUGAUUCCCCUUUGUUCUAUAGGGAGUGUUCUGUGCUCUACUUUAUUUUCUGUGUAAACUGUCGUGGAAUGAAAUAGAAAGUUGAAAUUUUGG